AUGCAAAAAAACCCCAAAAAGACCAGUAAGUUAAAAAGUUUAGAAGAAGAUGCACAAGAAGCCUUAGAUCAAAACUCUUCAACUGCCAAACACGUUAGAUGGGCCAUCAGAGCUUCGUUUGUGGUGAAUUGUUGCUUAGCCAUCUUACAACUCUAUGCUGCUAUCUCAUCUCUUUCGUUAUCAUUCUUUGCUACGGCUCUUGAUGCUGUUUUUGAUCCAUUAGCCAACUUGGCUUUAAAUUAUGCUCAUCAAUAUGCAUCUAAAGUAGAUUUAAGAAAAUAUCCAAGUGGUGCAAGUCGAUUUGAAACGAUUGGAAAUAUAAUUUAUUCAACUGUAAUGGGAUGUGGAUCUUUAGUUUUAGUGAUCGAAUCAAUUCAAAGUUUAAUUCAAAACCCAUCUAAUUCAUCUAAACCGAUUUAUCAUUUGUCGGCUGUUAUUACAGUCUGUGUUGCUUUUUUGGCUAAGUUUGGUUUGUUUGUUUAUUGUUGA